CAGGACAUGGACGAUGCCACGCUGUGCCGCCUGGAGCUGGAGCACAGGAUUGAGCUGCUGAUGGAUGAGAUCAGCUUCUUGAAGAAGCUGCACGAGGAGGAGCUGUGGGAGCUGGAGGUGAAUGCACAGAGCCCACAGGCGGGGGCACGAAUGGAGCUGCAGCAGCCGGAUCUGACAGCUGCACUGCGCGACAUCCGCACGCAGUAUGAGAGCAUCACUGUCACAAACCUGCAGGAAGCUGAGGAGUGGUACAAAGCCAAGUUUGCUGAUCUCUCGGAUGCUGCCAACCGUAACUGCGAGGCGCUGCGGGUGGCCAAGCAGGAGAUGAACGAAUCCCAGAGGCAGAUCCAGAGCCUCACCUCCGAGGUGGAUGGGCUGAAGGGCAUGAAUGAAGCACUGCAGCGACAGAUGCAGGAGAUGGAGGAUGAGUUUGGCACGGAGAUCAGGAGCUACCAGGAGGCGAUGGGGAGGCUGGAGCAGGAGAUCCAGUGCAUGAAGAAGGAGAUGGCACGGCAGCUGCACGAGUACCAGGAUCUGCUCCGUGUCAAGAUGGCCCUGGACGUGGAGAUCGCCACGUACCGCAAGCUGCUGAACAGUGAGGAGGGCUGCAGGUGGUGAUGGAGUCGUGCAAGGAGUGGAGCCCAAGUGAUGAAGAGGCCCCUGCGGCCGUCCCCCAUGCCUGUGCCUUUAUUUAUUGCUAUUUGCUGCUGUGCUCAACGUUGUAGCAGAGCGGAGGGGGGAGUCCCGCCGCUGCCCACCC